UUGCAGAGCACAGAUCAGACCUCGAAGAUUUACACCUUUAUGCAACUCCGCGGGAGCAACGGUUCCGUAGGUUUGCCAGUCUGGAAUUUGAAGGACAGCUGUACAUGACUCCAUAUGACUUCAUCCAGGCUGUUACAAGUGAUGAACCCAAACAUGCUAAAAAGUGGCGAUCCCUUUCAAAGCAGGAACUGAAUCAGAUCCUUAUGGAGACACCACCGGUUUGGAAAGGAUCAUCCAAACUUUUCCGUAAUCUUAAUGAGAAAGGUGUGAUAUCUUACACAGAAUACUUAUUCCUUCUAUGUAUUUUAACAAAGCCACAUGCAGGUUUUCGAAUUGCUUUCAACAUGUUUGAUACUGAUGGCAAUGAAAUGGUGGACAAAAAGGAAUUCUUAGUGCUCCAAGAGAUCUUCAGGAAAAAAAAUGAGAAGAGAGAAAAAAAAGGAGAUGAAGAAAAACGUGCAAUGCUGCGUCUUCAACUUUAUGGAUAUCAUACUCCUACUAACAGUGUUCUUAAAACAGAAGGAGAGGACCUUGUCCCCAGAAGCUAUUGGGAUACUUUGAGACGUAGCACAAGCCAAGCACUCUUUUCAGACCUUGCGGAGCAUGCUGAUGAUUUUUCAAGUUCACUGUCAGAUACUACACUGCUUGUACACUUUUUUGGCAAGAAAGGAAAAGCUGAACUGAACUUUGAAGAUUUUUAUAGAUUUAUGGAUAACCUGCAAACUGAGGUUCUAGAGAUAGAAUUCCUUUCUUACUCUAAUGGGAUGAACACCAUCAGUGAGGAAGACUUUGCCCAUAUUCUCUUGAGGUACACAAAUGUGGAGAAUACAUCGAGUUACCUGGAAAACAUGCGCUGCAGUAUUCCUGAAGAAAAGGGUAUCACAUUUGAAGAAUUUAGAUCUUUUUUUCAAUUCUUGAACAAUCUAGAAGACUUCACAAUUGCAAUGCAAAUGUAUAAUUUUGCAAGUCGUUCCAUAGGUCAAGAUGAGUUCAAGCGUGCUGUGUAUGUAGCCACAGGUGUGAAGCUCUCACCACAUUUGGUGAACACAGUGUUCAAGAUUUUUGAUGUUGACAGAGAUGACCAGUUGAGUUAUAAAGAAUUUAUCGGCAUUAUGAAAGACAGACUCAAUCGAGGGUUUAGGGAGACUCCAAGGUAUGGUUGGAAGGAAUAUUACUCUUGUGUGAUGACUGUAACCAGUGAGCAUCUCAGAGAUCUGUGGAAGCAAUUUCGGAGACGAGAUAUGCUGAGAUAAAGAAAGAAGGCAGGAUUAUCUGCACUGGCUAGAAUUAUUUAUUCCCAUUAAUUCUUAAUGAAGAACAAACUAACCCAGGUGAAUGGUGAAUCUUCCAGCUGCCAUAGAAAACACAGGACUUCUUUUCCACUUAGUGUAGUGAUCAUCAACUCUUAAAAAUGCUUUUCAGUAUGUAUUUUAUUUAAUUGAUGGACUAACUAUGCCAUGUGAGUGGGAGAAGCCUUCUUUUGUAAGAAUACCUUUUGAAUAUUAUUUUUUAUUAUUUUGAGAUAAAUUUGUCAUUUAAAAGGAGACAAAAAUAUGUCUUACACCUGCGCAGGAAGAUGUUUGGCAGUGAAGAGAAACUGCCUGCAUCAACUCAGACUGUGAAUUUACUUUCAGAAGAGCACUAUUAAAAAUUUGUGCUAAACUGAAAAUGAGACUGCAUUAAGUAGCAUAAUAAUUACAUAUGAGUUGAAUGGACAAAUUAAGCUCUUAGAGGCUGUUAUUUUACAAAAAGUAAAGCUGUUACAGUUAUAAUGUGAAUGAUAGGUAUUUACCUAGGAAAAGUACUGUAUGAACGAUAAUGUUCAGAUUCUCCAAGUCUUACUGUUAUGUUUAGGAAUUUAUCCUUUAAAAAUUGUACAGAUUUUAAGAUGUCUUACAAACAGUGUGUCAAAGAAAAGUCAAAAUGUUCAAAUUAAUGUAACACACACUUUAUAAUAUUUAUUAUAAAUUUUAUUGCCAUACACUGGUAUGUUUCUGGUAGGGUACAAAUUCAUGUCUUUCUUGUUAAUAGUGCACUUUGAUAUGAAGUGGCACUGAGUAGAAAUUAUAGUUGUCUAAUUUGCUACUCUGGAAUGCCAUAUCUGAAAACUAGAUAAAUAGCUUGUGUGUGUGUCAAACAAAAAAAGCAAAACGAAACACAAAUGCAUGCACAGUAUAGAACAACACUAAGUAAUAUUAUUUGAAUAUUACUUGUUUGCUAUUCAGCAACAGCAUUUUUCCUUACUCUCUAUUAAAAUUAUUGUUAGGUAGUAGGAAUUAAAUCCACACAAACAAGAACACAUAUUUUUUAUACCCUUCUUGAAAAGUUUACUGGACAUUGAGUAAAUCUGUAUCUGUUUAUGAAAAGACUGUGCCUUGAAAUAAUUCCAGCUGAAUUAAACUUAAACUAGUUUCAAUAAAUUGUCAUCGGGAGCAGAAAUAUUUGGUAGUCAGACAAUCAAAACAGAACUAAAAUAAUGCUUUUAAAUAUCUUACUACUUCAAAUCAUAAAAGAAAACUUAAAAAUUGUAUUCAGUGCACAUGUUGCUCAAUUACCCUCUUAUAUAUCAUGUGAAUAGAUGUAUGGUAUCUGUGUAACAGUGCACCUAAGUUUAGAAAUGCUUGAUUUAUAGUAAGAUAUGUCUCUGGUAGAAAAAUCAAAACAAAAUGAGAAGGAAGCUUUUUAUAAAGAAAUUCCACACUGGAAAUUGUAGAAAAAAUAUAUGCUAAGAUUAUCUGAAAAAAAAAAAAAA